AUGAUUGAUUUACCCUUUCUAUGUCGGAAUGAACAAUGUAUGAAUAAUAAUACAAAUACGAUUGGUAACGGUAAUUCUUCUAUUAAUACAAAUUCUUAUAGAGAUACUAUAUUACAUUCUAAUAUUUCACCUUUAUUAAAACAUGAAUUACCUAAACAAGAAUUAAAUGAACCAUAUAUCAAGAAAAAAUGUCAAUAUCAACCUAAAUCAUCAUCAUCAUCAAUUACAUUUAAUCAUUCAUUUAAACUUAAUCAAAAUUAUAAUAAAAAUAAAUUGGAUAAUUUAAUAGAACAUUCAACAAAUAUUCAACAAAUAAAUAAUCAAUUAAAAUGUAAUUACAUUCAUAAUGAAUUAAAUACAAUAAAUAAUCCUAUUAUUUAUUAUUCUAAUUUAACAACAAAUUAUCAAAAAUACAAAAAUAUUUAUAAAACAUUAUGGAAUAAUCAACAUAAGAGAAUUUAUACAUUAAAAUCAAUAAAAUAUAAAAAUAAAAAUUCAAAAAAUGUAUUAAAAUCUAUUAAUAAAUUAAAUAAAAAUAAUUUAAUUAAUUUAAAAUCAAAAUUAACAAAAAAUGAAUAUUUUAAUAAAAAUUUAUCAUAUAAAUAUAUAAAUCCUAUACAUAAAACUGCUCAAAUUAAAACAAGAAAAAUAGAAAACUUUUUACAUCGAACAGUCAAUACUACUACCACUACUACUAAUAAUAAUAAUAGUAAUAGUAGUGAUAAUAAUAAUCAAGGUGGUGAUAAUCUUCACAAUAAAAUUUUCGAAUCAAUCAAUACAAUUUAUAGUAACCAUGCAUUUAAUCCUUUGAAAACUUCUAUUACUAAUCAGAAUAAUAACUUUGAAAAUAAAAUCAAUGAUAUUUUAAUGCCUAUAACUUCAUUAAAUGAAAUUAAUCAAAUUGUUCAUUGUAGUGAUCUUCUUAAAAAGAAUAAUUAUUUAUCAUCGUCAUCAAUAUCAUUAUCAUCAUCAGGAUCAUCAUCAACAUUAACAUUAACAUUACCUUCAUUAUCAACAGUGUUACCAAUAAAAUCAUUAUAUGAUAAUGAAAAAUUAUAUUUAAAACAAAAUAGUAUUAAAAAACAUUUACAAAAAUUAACAAGUUCAAUAUUUAAUUAUAAUUAUAUAUCUAAUCCGGUGUAUUCAAAUUCAUAUUAUUCAAUAAAUAAUGAUAAACCAUUAGAUUUACGUAAUCCAUUACAAAUUCACUUGAAUACUAUGUUAUGUAAAAAUAAAAGUCACAAUAAUAAUAGUAAUAACAAUAAUAGUUAUGGUAAUAGUAAUAAUAAUACUGAUGAUAAAUUAUUUAAUGAAAUUGAAAAACUUAAUAAAUUAUAUUUAUCAAUGGGAAAUUUUAAUUCAAAUGAAAUUUGGUCAACAAUCUUUACAUUAUUAAAUAGAAAGCUGAAUCAAUUUUCUCAACUUAAUCAAAAAUCCGAUAUAACAAAACUCGACUAUACUAUGGAGACUUGUAAUGACUUGGGUUAUUCUCCUUAA